AUGUCCGAAGGGAGAAUAAAGCGGGCACAGGCUCUGACCCCAAACCAGAGAGUGUGGCGUCCAUGUCCCCUCCAGUGAGUGCCCCGGCUGCGGCAGAAGAGGAAGAAGAGGAAAGUGAAGAUGAAUCUGAGAUUCUGGAAGAGUCCCCCUGUGGACGCUGGCAGAAGAGGCGAGAAGAGGUGAACCAGCGCAAUGUACCUGGCAUUGAUAGUGCCUAUCUGGCCAUGGACACGGAGGAAGGGGUGGAAGUGGUCUGGAACGAAGUUCAGUUCUCUGAGAGGAAGAACUUCAAGCUGCAGGAGGACAAGGUGAAAGCGGUGUUUGAUAACCUCAUUCAGUUGGAACAUCUGAACAUUGUCAAGUUCCACAAGUAUUGGGCGGACGUCAAAGAGAACCGGGCACGGGUCAUAUUUAUUACUGAGUAUAUGUCUUCUGGAAGCCUCAAACAGUUCCUCAAGAAGACCAAGAAGAACCACAAGACAAUGAAUGAAAAGGCGUGGAAGAGAUGGUGCACCCAGAUCCUAUCUGCGCUUAGUUAUCUACAUUCGUGUGACCCCCCCAUUAUCCAUGGAAACCUCACCUGUGACACCAUCUUCAUUCAGCACAACGGACUCAUCAAAAUUGGAUCUGUGGCUCCAGACACCAUCAACAACCAUGUCAAGACCUGCCGGGAGGAGCAGAAGAAUCUACAUUUCUUCGCCCCGGAGUAUGGAGAAGUGACCAAUGUGACCACGGCGGUGGACAUCUACUCCUUUGGGAUGUGUGCACUGGAGAUGGCGGUCCUGGAGAUCCAGGGAAAUGGAGAGUCCUCGUAUGUCCCUCAGGAAGCCAUAAAUAACGCUAUCCAGUUUCUGGAGGAUCCGCUGCAGAGGGAAUUCAUUCAGAAGUGUUUGGAAACGGACCCCAGUAAGCGCCCGACUGCCCCUGAGCUGCUCUUCCACCAGGCUCUGUUCGAGGUUCCGUCUCUGAAAUUACUGGCCGCGCACUGCAUUGUGGGACACCAGCACAUGAUCCCAGAAAAUGCUCUGGAAGAGAUGACCAAGAACCGCGAUAUGAGUGCAGUCAUGGCUGAGAUAACGCACGCCGACCGUGAAGGUGUCCGGAUGAUAUUCUCACAGUCUCCAGCGCUUGAAUUAGACAAGUUCCUGGAGGAUGUCCGGAAUGGCAUUUACCCCCCUCACUGCCUUCGGGAUGCCACGUCCUCAACAGCCCCAGCAGGAGGUGGUAAAAUCUCCAGUGGUUCCACCAUCAGUGAAGACCCCAACACCAGAGCCCGCAGAGGUGGAAACCCGGAAGGUGGUUCAGAUGCAAUGCAACAUUGAGACAGUGGAUGAGGGGGCAAAGCACCAUCUGACUUUGUUCCUGAAGCUGGAAGACAAACUGAACCGACAUCUAAGCUGUGACUUGUUACCCAAUGAGAAUAUUCCGGAGUUGGCGGCGGAGUUGGUGCAGUUGGGGUUUGUCAGUGAGAAUGACCAGAGCCGACUCACCUGUUUACUCGAAGAAGCAUUCAGUAAAUUCUUCUUUGCUCGGAACGGAAACAUGACGGCGGUGACAGUGUCCUCCUAG